AUGAGCUCUCCUGAUGAUAUGUCUGUGCGGGGAGGCAGUUUUGGGCCGGAAAGUGGGGAGCACAUGGAAGGAUGCCGCUUUGGCCAUGGAUUCCAGAGGGGACUUGGCUUCGGCUCCGACGAGAGGCUGUUCCGGAGCAGAGAGGACAAAAUGUGUUUCCCUGUCUCCAAGACUUUCCAGUAUGAUUCCUGGUUAGACAGUGAUGAGAUGGAGGGCAGGUCAGUCAUUUGGGGCUGCGAAGGUCGGCCUGGCACUCCAGUGGAUGAGAGAGGGGACAAUUUGGACUUUGCACCGCAGCUGACAGUAGAGGGUACAAGCUUCGGGCAGUAUGUAGCCAACCGGGAGGCCUGGGGUGUCCGCAGACAUCCGUCCCCCAGAAGCAGCGCAUCUGAUCCCUUUGGUAUUUGGGGAGACACAGACACAGGCACAAGCAGGAGAGGCUUGCGACCUCCGACCUCUAUGGAAGGGAAGCAGUUCUCAGCUAGCCAACUGCACUCCAGGGGUCUGGGGCAGGGCAGGGCCUGGGUGGCCCCAAGAAGAGGUGCCAAAAGCAGGAUAAUAGCCAGUGAGGAUAUUCAUUAUCCGUCCUCCGAUCCUGAGUCUUCUGAUGAGGCCAGAGAGACACAAAUGAUGAGGGUGACCAUUUGCCUCAAAGAAGGAGGCCAAGGCAAGUCCAGUGGCCUCACUGAGCUGGAAGACACAGGCAGACACACGACUGUCCAUGGCAGGGAAGGUUUCGUCCAUGUGCCCCCCUCUGUACUGUCCAGUGCUACUCUGACACUCAGCUCAAGCAUGGAGAAGCAGGCUUCAGGAGAGCUGGAAGGCUCCCUGACUAAGAAAAAGCAAAGUAUGGUCUGGGGCAAAGAAGGGAGCAGACACAGCAUCCCAGGAGCCACCGCUGCCGCCGCCACCUCUGCUGUGGUCCCUGCCCCUGCUGCCACUGCUCCAGGUGCCAUUCCUAAGACCAGUCCUAGAAAGAAGGCAGCACAAGAGAAGCCUCAGAAGCAAGCUCAUGAGAAGUCCUUGUUAGAUCCCUCAAGACCCCUGGGAAGAACUUUCCCAGCAUGGGGACAGAGACUCAAGUCAGCUCCUGUAGGACCAUCCACCCUCCCCCCAAUCUCUGGGGUUGCCCUGCUGGGGAAGGGCAGUAAAUGCUCACUGCCUUCGGGGCCCAAAGAGUGCAAGCCCUUCUGCACUGGGAAGAAAUCCCUGGCAAAGAAGACAAAGGAAUCCCAGCCAGGAGCCAAAGAAGAUGAUGACUCCACCAGAGAUUCUGGCCUGCAGGCUCAACUUCCAACACACAGGGCAGAGCAACCUUGCAUGUUCAUGCAUCGUGGAGAAAUGAGCAGUGGAGACCCCAACCUCCGAGCACCCCAAGUUCCAGGAAACUCUCAAGUCUUGAGGCAGAGAAGUGCCCGGCUCAGAGCUCCUGCCUCUGCUGUUUCAGCUGAACAGGAUCCAACUGUGGAUCCUUUACUACCUGUUGGAGAGAGUCAGGUAGAAUUAGUACGAGGCACGCCAGGAUGUCCGCAGUGCCUGAUGUUACAGAAGGAAAUAGAGGAACUCAAGGAACAACUAGCCUUCAUGCAGGCCCUCAAUGAAAAGUUCGAGGCUCUUUGAAGGGAGCGUUCUGCUGUGCACAGGAUCUUUGAAGUUGAACCCAGCGCCCCUGCAGAAGAGGCCAGGCUACUACCCGUGGAUCCUGCUCCCUUCCAGUCACUCUGCAGCAGUGGAUCUCGGACUCCCUCCUGCUGCGACCCUCUAAUGCAGUUCCUCAUGUUGGGGUGACCCCAACUGUACAAAUUAUUUCGUGGCCACUUCAUACCUGUAAAUUGGUUACUGCUAUGAAUUCUAAAUGAAUUUUAAUGUCAGUAUCCCAUAAGUUGAGGACCUCUGCUCUCCAGCCAGAGCAGACUUUGUGCCCCUGCUUUUGUCCCUGCCUGUCCUCGGUGACAGCUGUUGCACAUUAAGUCAUUUUGUCCUAUGUUCUCUUUUGGUGGGUGAUGAGGUACAGCAAUGGGGUGGAUACUGUUCCUUCACACCCCUCUAAGAAUACCAGUCCUCAUUUACACUCCACUCUAUCUCCCCCAAUACAGUUCUCAUGCAUGAGGUUUUCAAAACGGAAAUAAAGAAU